GUCCAGGGUGAGGCCAAACUCGGGAGGCUGGGGCUUGGGGGCCAGACGUGACUUCCUGGGCAGCACCGGACAGUGGACUCCGGCCCAGGACGUGUUCAUCUGCCCUCCGUGUUGCUCAGACCCGGCACCCACACCGCCUCCGCCAUGCUGCCGCCCAGGACUGCCCUCCUCUGGACUCUGGUCCUGGCUGCUGGCUUCCUGGGUCUGGGGGCUCGGAGGCCCCCCCAGCGCCCGUCCCCCAUCAGCGCCAUCCAGCCCAAGGCUGGCUUCGACGCCCAGCAGUUUGCAGGGACUUGGUUCCUCGUGGCUGUGGCCUCCUCCUGUCGCUUCCUGCAGGAGCAGGGCCACCGUGCCGAGGCCACCGCAGUGAAGGUGGCGCCCCAGGGUGCCGCCAUGGCUGUCAACACCUUCCAGAAGCUGGAUGGCAUCUGCUGGCAGGUUCGGCAGCUCUACAGAGACACGAAGGUCCCAGGCCGCUUCCUGCUCCGAGCUCGAGGCGCGAGGGGAGAUGUGCACGUGGUCGUCGGGGAGACGGACUACCAGAGCUUCGCCAUCCUGUACCUGGAGCGGGCGCAGCGGCUGUCGGUGAAGCUGUACGCCCGCUCGCUCCCCAUGGACGACUUGGUCGUGAGUAAGUUUGAGCAGAGUGUCCAGGGGGCCAACAUGACGGAGGACCACAUCUUGUACUUCCCCAAAUAUGGUUUCUGUGAGGCCGCUGACCAGUUCCAUGUCCUGGACGAGGUCAAGAGGUGAGGCCACCCAGCCCCUGGAUGAGAGGCCGAAAGGACCCUCCACUGCACCCACCUACCCUCGGAAGCUGCCCCUCACCCCCAGGACCCUGGGCACUGCCCCCAUUAAACGCCACCCUUCUUGGCCCGACUCCUGC